AUGGCUUCGUCCGGGACACUAGCGACUGCCCCUCAGCCGCUAACAACGCCCUUCGUGCCCUCCGAGAGCUGUGUCGACAAAUUCCGGACAACGAACUACAUCACCAGCUUCUCUUGGGAUGAUUUCUCGACGACGACACUUCGCGUUCUCGUGUCCGAGGAAGCUGACUCCUGCCUCCCUUCUGGAUGGAAUGGCAGCCCAGCCUCUGAGUUCCAAGCCAGCCCAGCUGUUUGCCCCAGCGCAUGGACGGCAUAUAACCUGGGGGCGACGGUCUUCGUUGAGAGGUCGCCGGUGACGAGGUCCGUGACGGCGUCGACGGCGUUUUGUUGUUCUAGCGGCUUCACCCUGUCAUACCUCUCCGGCAUCCCCAUCGCAGACACGGCAGCAAACGCAUGUUUCCAGCCAAUAACGACAGACACAACUAGCACAUCGCCCGCCUCAACAACAAGCACGGCUACAGACUCUGAUGAACGAACGACCACCAUCCGUACUACUAGCACAGAAAACCCCUUCCCAGACGGCCUCCGCGUCCAUGAAGCAUGGCACAUAACAUGGAAAGCCUCUGAUGUAUCCAUACUUAGCCCCUCCCCACCCGAUCUGGGCUCAUGCACGAGCGUCGCGCUCGCGACCUGGGUGCCCGGUGAACCAGUGGACUCGGACUCGCUGUCCUGCAGAUCUACGAAUAGUGGGGUGUCGCAUGGCAGCGACUCGGAUACAGCGCUAUUUAGGUUUCUUGUUAUUGGGAUCCCCGUUAUUGGGGUUGUGGUUGUUGGUGUCGGGGCGGUGGUUUGUUGGCGGCGGAGGAAGAAGAGGAAGAGGGAGCACGAUAUGAGGGGUGGCGGUAUUGCCGGUAGAGUUCUGGAGAGGCCUCGAUAG